AGCAACCAUUCCGAAGCAUAAAAAAUUUCUCGUACAAUGAAUUGAGAGCUGCAACCGAUGAUUUUCUUCCACGAAAUAAGAUAGGGCGAGGAGGUUUUGGAAUAGUUUACAAGGGAGUCCUCAAAGAUGGCACAGAAGUUGCUGUGAAGACACUUUCUGCUGAAUCAAAGCAGGGGGCACGCGAAUUUUUGACAGAGAUUAAUACAAUAUCAAAUGUCAGACAUCCAAACCUGGUUGAGUUAAUUGGAUGCUGCGGUCAAGGGAGUCACCGAGUUUUGGUCUAUGAAUUUCUAGAAAAUAACAGCCUUGAUCAAGCAUUAUUAGGUUCAAAGAGUAGAACCGUAAAACUGGACUGGGCAAAAAGAUCUGCAAUUUGCUUGGGCACUGCCAGGGGUCUCACAUAUCUCCAUGAGGAACUUGUGCCUCAUAUAGUGCACAGGGACAUCAAAGCUAGUAAUAUACUUCUUGACAAAGACUUCACUCCGAAGAUUGGAGAUUUUGGGUUGGCCAAACUUUUCCCAGAUAACAUCACCCACAUUAGCACAAAAAUAGCAGGAACAACUGGCUAUUUGGCACCUGAAUAUGCAUUGGGAGGUCAGUUAACAAUAAAGGCUGAUGUGUACAGCUUUGGGGUCCUCGUACUUGAAGUAAUAAGUGGCAGAAGCAGUUCAAAGGCAAACUGGGGAGGGAUGCAGAAAUUUCUCCUAGAAUGGGCAUGGGAGCUUUACAAAGAAGGGGGACUCUUAGAGCUAGUGGACCCGGAACUGAAAGAAUUCCCAGUGGAACAAAUCAUCAAGUACAUGAAAGUAGCAUUUUUCUGCACCCAAGCAGCUGCAAACAGAAGGCCAACGAUGAGCCAAGUUGUGCAAAUGCUUUCGAGAGACAUUCGGCUCAAUGAGAAGGAACUUAUGGCCCCAGGUUUCUUCGAGGAUUCAGGCGGGCUAAAUGAUUCAAAUAAAAAGUCAUCCGAAUGCUCCUCUACUAGUACCUACCAGAUGAGCUCCGCACCCAUCACCAUCACGAAUGUGACCCCUCGCUGAAAAUUACUCUACAGAGCAAUGAUUGGUAUCGAAGUUUUAUACAAUAAUUUAUAGUUUUUUUGGGUCAUAAUUCGUUUUUAUUUUUUUGUUGGAUUUGCCAUUGGUUUUGGAGGGAGUAGAGGCUAAAUAUAUCAAUAGUGGUUUUUGGUAGAAGUUCUUUACGAGAAUGAACAUAAUUGUGAAGUUCAACUUAGAAAUUUGACUUGUUUUCUAUUGCUUUCUUGGGCAAGACAUAUAUAUAUAUAUAUUAAAAGUGUGUUGGCUCUC